AUGGGUCGGCUCGACCGGAGUGAUACCAUACGGCCUCACAGAAAACCGGCAUACUUCUUUAUUAUGGUGAUAUGCCUACUGGAACAUGAGCAGACGGGUAACUUGAUGGUAGCCGUAUCAGAGCCGCCCCCAACAACGCAGGAGUUUUACGACCGGGGUUGCGGGGUCAGCGCAAUGAGGCACCGCAACCUCGGCCCAGAGCAGGAGAAGGAACAGGGGGGUUUUACCUACACGAUGACAUCACACAUGCCAGUACUUCUCCGCACCAUCCUACUACUAGUUACAAUUCAAAACAUCCACUCACUAGAAGACGGGUACCUCCGAUACGUCAAAGAUGGCUGCUUUCUCAGAGGCGAAGCAUUAUCCUGCGUCAAAUAUAAAGCCGUAAAAAUAGCCAAAAAUGCUAUAUUCGGAGAUAACUUUAGUAAAAACGAAACAAUUAAAGCUAAUAAUGUAGUCAGUCUUGUACCUUUAGAUGAAGAAACAAUUGAAAAACUCGGAAUCAAAGAGGAUAAAGAAGCUAAGGUUGUAGCCAAUGAACCAAGAGGAUUUUUGUCAGAAUGGGCGGAGCUUGCAAAAUAUGUUAUGAAGCUAGUCCAAGAAUUUUUCAAGGUCAAAGGAUUGAAAGUGAAUCUGCCUGAAGGAGCUAGAACUGUUGAAGAAGUCGAUGAUAGCGAUACUGAACACAAUGAUGGGGAUAAUACUGGAAUUAAAAGUGUCCAGAAACGCGAUGUCAGUUAUUCUAAGACAGCUCGAGGCAAAAAGAAGAAGUUGGCAGUCAUAGUACCACUGCUGACGCUGUUUGCAGUUCUUAAACUGAAGCUGUUGCUCAUUCCAAUCCUGCUGUCAGUCCUGUUGAUCAAGAAGCUGCUGUUGAUAGCUGCUUUGUUACUUCCAAGCGUGUUAAGCACACUGAAGGCUUGUAAGCAUCAUCAUCCGAUGUCCUACUCCUAUUUCGGAAGCAGUGAUUCAAGCGACUACUCCGCAGAUUACAACAAUAAUUACGCUUAUUCAGCCAGUGGAGGGUACGGGAAGGAUUGGGCCUCAAACAGGGCGUACAACUUGAUGAAACACAGGCCUACACCGUCCCCGACUUACAUCACUGCGCCCGGUGCAGUCGCAUAA